AUGUCGCAAAACUUACGUAAAGAAGCAGCUACUCGGGCUUCUCGACGUGCGAGUAACAAUGCUGGACCUCCAUUAACUUCCAUGUAUACUAAUGGUACACCUUUGAGCAGUCGUCAUAAUACUGACGAAGAAGACGUAUGGAGUGAAACCUCGGCAGACACUGUCGAUUCUUGGGCUUCUGCUGGUAGUAAGACUGCUGAAGAUGGAGUCUUAGAAGAAGUAAAUUGGGAGGACGAAGUUUUACAAAGUAUCGAAGAUUUGGGAGAAAAAAGAACAAGUACAAGAGAAGGUGCUUUAACAAAGUUGAUCCGCCUUCUCUCUCAAAAGUAUGCCGCUGAUCUCCUCGAUUCUAGGCGUGAUACUUUACUUGAUCUUUUAUGCCGUUCAAUCAGGAAAGAUAAAAGCUAUAAAGAAAGUAAAUUAGCUGCUAAAGUGAUGUCAUUACUUUUUAUUACUAUCGGUGAAAGUCAAGAAACUAUGUAUCAUAAUGUAUUAUCUUUAUUAAAGUAUACUAUAACAAAUAAUGCAUCAAAAGAAGUUAAAUACGCUUGUAUUCAGACAUUAGGUCUAGCAUGCUUUGUUUCAGCUUCAUAUGCUGAUGCCAUAGAGCUUCUCGAUUUCUUUAAUGAUAUUAUAUUGACUAACGGUAAAAGCGUUAAUGCGAAUAAUGAAGGAGAUGUCAUAGAAGGUGCUCUAAAUGCUUAUGGUUUAUUGUUCUCUGGGCUAUGGGGUAAUAAUAGAAGAAGUUCAGAUAAAGCUAGGGAAGAAUUUGAACGUAUCAUGCCGAAUCUUACUAAACAGCUUGAAUCCAGUACGAUGGAAGUUCGCGUUGCUAGUGGUGAAAUUAUUGCAUUAAUGUUCGAAUCUUUAGGAAAAGAGAACAGCGCAGAGGAAAAUUGGAAUCAAUUAUCAGAUGAAUAUGACGAUGGAGUUGAUUACGAUGAUAUGGAACAUUUGACUCAACUUUUGAACGCAUUGGCCACAGAUAGUAAUCGUCAUCGUGCAAAAGCUGAACGUAAAGUUCAGAGGUCUGUAUUCCGAGAUGUGCUUAAAACUGUCGAGUGCGGAGAUCACAUUCAAGAAAGGCUCAAGAUUAAGAAACAAACAAUUUACUUUUCUUCUUGGGCAAAGAUUCUUCAAUUAAAUGCGUUUCGGGACAUACUAACUGAGGGGUUGCACGUACACUUUCAAGAAAAUGAAUUACUCCAAGCAAUCUUUGAAUUUGUGCCGCCUCCUACCUUGGCUUCCAGUCGACUCAGACCUGACUCAGCUUUAAGCUUUCAUACUACUGGAUCCGAUACUGACAGUUCGGUGAAACCGAAUAGAAAAAAGAAUAAAAGAUUGAAGGGUAGAAAACAGGGUAGAAGGAAAGGCGAUCUAUUAGAA